AUGGGCUAUUCUCUGAGGGCCUUUUUGGCUCUUGCAGCGGUAGUUGCAGUUACGGAUUCGUCCGUCAACGCACUGCCUUCCACCAACUAUGUCUUGCAUGAGACCAGAAAUCCCACCGGGACAAACCAGUUCAAUAGUCACCGCCAGUGGAAGCGUGGCAGCCGCCUCGAUCCUAGCGCUAUCGUCCCUCUUCGGAUUGGUCUAGUGCAGAGCAAUAUUGAUCUUGGUUACGAGAAACUGAUGCAAGUUUCUGAUCCAUCCUCGGAAAGCUUUGGCAGUCAUCUCAGUGAGGAUGAAGUUCACGACUUGUUCGCUCCAACGGAUGAAACUUUCGACGCUGUUCAUUCGUGGUUAGUAGAAACUGGCGUCAAUGCAUCAGAUAUUCGCCAAUAUGCCAACAAAGGGUGGCUCGCUAUCGACCUACCUGUAUCCUAUAUCGAAGAUUUAUUCUUGGCACAGUAUCACGAGCACGAGAGGGAAGGCGUGGUUAAGAUUGGCUGUGAUCAGUACCACGUUCCCAAACAUCUCGCAAAGCACAUUGACUAUAUUGUGCCUGGCGUCAAGCUGUCACCACCCAUGAUCAAACGAUCCAUUGACAAAAGAGCCGAUAUAAGCGGUCAAAACUAUAGGAACGGCUGGAAGCCGAAGCAGAUGCCGGCUGAACUUUUAGCCCAGGCCAAAAAACCUGCGCCUAGCUCCCACCUGCCAGCUGAUCUGCAAGAUUGUGCUCGGAACUUCACCGCCAUCUGUUAUCGCGCUCUAUAUCAGAUUCCCGAGAUCAAUAUUCCUGUUCCCGGACAUGAGCCUGCGGUCUACGAGUCUGGUGAUACAUUUUCCCAGCAAGACAUUGACUCAUACUUCGACAAAUAUGCUCCUUAUAUUGCUAAGGGCACGCAUCCCAAAGUCUUGUCUGUUGAUGGUGGCGAAGCUCCAGUGGCCGCAAACUCCCCGUACAACACUGGUGAAUCGGACAUUGACAUCGAUAUUCUUCAGACGUUGAUCUGGCCCCAGUCGAUGGUUCUGUACCAAGUGGAUGAUCGCCUGUACACCACUGCAAACAACUAUUCUGGCUUUCUGAACACCUUUUUGGAUGCUUUGGAUGGAUCUUACUGCCACUAUUCAGCAUACGGUAUAUCGGGAGACAGCCCAGGAGUUGAUCCUUCCUAUCCAGACAACAGGCCCGGCGGUUACACCGGCCAAAAGCUGUGUGGUGCGUACAAGCCAAACAAGGUCAUUUCUAUCUCAUAUGGCGAGGGAGAGAUUGAUGUGCCCAAAAAUUACUUCCUUCGACAAUGCAAUGAGUGGCUCAAGCUAGGUUUGCAAGGAACUACUGUUCUAGUUUCAUCUGGCGAUUACGGUGCUGCGAUGCCGCCUCAUGAGGAUUCAGACAGCGGCUGCUUGUCCGGGUCAGGCCAGAACCAGACAAUCUAUAAUCCAGGUAAUCCCGUUUCGUGCCCGUACCUCACUGCUGUUGGGGCCACCCAGCUUGAGCCUGGAACAACGGUUUUGGAUGCGGAGGGUGCUAUGCAGACCAAUCUUGGCCCCGGAGCCGAGUUUUUUGCUUCUGGCGGCGGCUUUUCCAACUACUUCCCUAUCCCAAGCUACCAGAAGACAGCAGUGCAUAACUAUUUCUCCAAACACGAUCCGGGUCAUCCUUACUACAUUGCGAACAGCGAUGCAAGCAACAUUGGCGAGAAUGGAGGAAUUUAUAACCGUGCCGGCAGAGGUAUUCCUGAUAUUUCAGCUAACGGUGCGAAUUUCCGGGCAUUUAACAACCAGAGUGACGGCCAUUGGUUUGGCACAAGCUUGGCUGCACCCCUUUGGGCUUCUGUGAUUACUUUAAUUAACCAGGAACGUGCCUUGAUUGGCAAAAAAUCUGUCGGAUUCAUUAACCCAGUUUUAUAUGCACAUGCCAAUGCUCUUACCGACAUUAAGCAGGGAUCAAAUCCCAACUGUGGUUCAAGCGGCUUUACGGCUGUAGAGGGCUGGGACCCAGUUACUGGACUGGGCACUCCCAAAUAUCCAGAUUUGCUGAGGAUAUGGUUAGAACUCCCAUAA